GUUCCGUAUUUCGUUUAUCGGUUGGUGAAAAGCUAAAUAUAUUUGUACAUUAGGCAAGGAUUUGACUUGGUAUGCUAAGGAUAAAAAUUCAGAAGAGGCAAAGAAAAGGGCGGCGGCGGAGGAACUGCGGCGAAUAAAGGAAGCAGAAGCUGAUGCACUAGCUGUUGCUUUGGGUGGCAAGAAAAAGAACACCGGGAGUGGAAAUGUCACUCAACAAGACCUCAAGAAUGCUUUGAAAAUGAACGACGAAGAUCAAGAUCCUACUAUGGAAGACAAGGGCCUUGGAUACGGACAGUAAGUGAUAACAAGUAAUAUUUAACAGCCUACAUCAGAUAAUUAAGACAAACUCUAUCAGUAAUGCAAAUAAUCGUAUGGCGCAAUCAUCAGGUGCUUCUAGGGAAGUCUUGCCUGGCUCGUCAUCGAACGCCAUACCUAUUAAUUAUACCGCUAGACCACAGCUUGACCAACGCCAAGAUGGUUCUGACGAGGAAGAUAGUAAAAGCAGACGAAAAGAAAAGAAGAGCAAAGAUAAGAAGAAGCGAAAGAAGCACUCACAUAAGCACAAGCACAGCCGUAAACAUUCUCGUGAUCUGUAUAGUGAUGAAAGCGAAGAUGAUCGACACUAUAAAAACCGUGUUCGAGACGAACGCGGCCGCCCAGCCCGACGAGAUGAUACAAUUGUGGAUAAGUCAAGCAAAAUCUCAUCAACGAAUAGAAAACAUGAAUCUCGUAGCAGAAGUCCACGUAGGCGUAGUAGGAGUCCGCGCAGGUACAGCAGAAGCCCUCGCAGAAGUUCUCACACACACGGCAAACGCCAUCGCAGUAUAAGCCCAGCCGACAAGCAGAGAAAGAGCAGCCCAAGCCCAUCUCGUAGAGAUAUCAGCUCACCAUCAUCUAGACGGCAAAGGGAAUCAAGCUUGAGUCCCGAUCGAUCAUCGCGGCAAAGGCGGCGUAGUAGAGAUACCUAUCGUCGCCGCCGGUCAUCAUAUAGCAGAUCUCCUUCGCGGGGGCGAACUAUGACAAGACGCGAUGCAUGAAUAUAGCGCUUUAAAUGUGAUAUAGUACUACCCUCUCCCAGAAAUUCGCACACCCAACUACAUCUAAUCAUCAUGUUGGAUAUACAUCUUUAGCCCUUGUAAAUUUGUUACAAAGUGAUAGACACAAUCAUCAUC